GGGCACAGGAUUGAGGAAAGGGGACCACCUUCUAUUUUCCCCAACAGCCCAGUGAAUGGCCCUCUUCUGGGUCCUCAAAGCCAUACUGGGAGAACUGGAAAAUCCAGUUACCCAGCUUCCCUCUCUCAUUUCCCCCCCCAAACACUUAUGCUAAGGAUUGAGUGGAGUAUAGAAAGGCAGGCCUGGUAAGGAGAAGCUAGCUGGGGCUUCAGACAUCUCUUCUGUCCAUCAGAGAAGCAAGAAGUGAGGUGGCCACAAUGGGGGCCAGGCUGCCCUUCUUCCUCUUCCUGACACUCCUGAGCAGCUCACAGGGAACAGGGCCAAGAAUGAUUUUGCAGCUGAAGCUGAAGGACUCCCUUCUAGCAAAUUUCUCCUAUGAUUCCAGCUUCCUGGAAUUGCUCGAAAAGAGCCUCCAUUUCUUCACCUGCAAAGUGGGAAUGAUAGUACCUGAUGCUUGGACUGUUGUGAGCAUUACAUGGAGAAGCUACGUAGGGUACAUGGGCAGGGACUCAGGAGCCCAGGACCCAUCUCACCUCGGGGCCGGGCCUUUGUGAGCUGGUAUGUGGCUCGGAGAGCCCUCAGUGCCUGCACGGCCUCUUGGACCCGGGAGAAGCG